AAUUCAUAUAACAACCUUCUAAUGGUAAUACAGUAAUAAGAAUUUUGAGUUAUCCACCAAAUAGAGUGUUGGUACAUCCAAAGUUUAAUCGAAGCGAUAGAAAAUGACAAAAAGUUAUUUUAAAGAAGAUUUAGCAUAAUCUGACAUGAUAAUAUUGACAGGAUCUGAAUUAUAGAGAAUAAAGGUAUGUAUAUGAAAUUGAUAAUAGAAUCUUUCAGUUAUAACAACAAAAGAGGAGUAAUUACAACAUAAAAAGUUAUUAGAAGAAUAGAAAGAGAAAUAGUUGGCUGAAGCUUAAGCUAAGAAAUAAAGAAUGUUAUAGAUUGAAGAAGAGAAGAAAAAAUCAGUUCCAUUAAGUUAAUAAGAACAAGAAGAUAAAUUUGCAAAAGAUUCAUUAAUUUCAAGAGUUAUAUUAAUAAUAAUGAUAUUUAGGCAUAGGAGAUUAUGAAUGAAUAGAUAGAUGAUGUUAAAGAGAUGAAUAAAAUGGUAAUGUAUGCAAAAUGUGUAACAAUCAGAGAUAAAUAAUUGUAAGAAAAAAAAGAAUUAUUUGAUCAAUAUAAAAUGUAAGAGAAGCGUAAAGAUUUAAUGAUGGAAAUAGAGAGACUUAGAGCAAUUAAAUAUCAUGAAGAAAAAGAUUAGAAAUAAAAAUAAUAAUUGAAACUUGGACAUGAAAUCAUAAUUGAAUAAAUUAAAGAAAGAGAAUUAAUAAGAUUAAAAGAGAAAGAAGAAUAAGAAAGAGAAGGAUAGAUUAUGCUUAAAUAGAUUAAAUAAUUAUAAUAAGAUGAAGCAUAGAAGAUUCAGUAAAGAAAACUUCACUAAUCUAAAGUGUAAGAUGAAAUUCUAGAAGCUAAUCAUAAGGCAAUAUUGAUUAAAGAAAAAAGAAUUUAAGAAGAAAGAGAUGAAGAAGAAAAAAUAUUAUAAUAUAAUUUAUAAAAAACUUAAAAGGAAGCUGAACUUUUAGAAGAAUAAAAAAGGAUUAAAGAAGAAAAAGAAAGAGAAGUUUAAAGAUUAAGAGAAAUGUAAGAAAAGGCAUAAGAUAGAGCAGCUGAAUUAGAUCUUUUAAGAGCUAAAAGAUAAAUGGAAUAAAAUGAAAGAUAAGCAAGAGAAAAAGAAAGAAAAGAAUUAGAAUAAAAAAUGAAAUUAAAUUAUGAAGUUAUGGAAGCAAGAAAAUUAUAGUAAAAAGAAAAGAUGGAAAGAUAUUAAGAAUAAGUAAUUUCAAUAUUAUAAUUAAUAGGCUAAAUUGGAAAGAGAUGAAUUCUAAAGGGUCAUUUAAAAAUAAAAAUAAGAAAGAGAAAACGAGAUGAAAAUUUUAUAAGAUAAAGAAGCAUUAAGAAAAAAACAUGCAGAAGAACUUAGAAAAUAAAUAAUUUAAAAUGAAGAGAAAAAGAAAUAGGAAGAAAGGGAUAAGUAAUUUAAUUUAAUUUAUUAUAGACUUGAAGAAGGAAAAAAGAUCAAAGAUAAAUUAAAUUUAGAGAGAAGACUUUUAGAGAGUAUUAAAGAUAAUAAGCUCAAGGAUCUUAAUGAAAAAGCUAUCCCAGAUAAGUAUAAGGCUGAAUUAGCUAAAAAGAAAAUUAUCAUUAAUGUUUGA